AUGCUUCUUAAAGACCUGAUUACUAUUGCUAUUGCACUUUUUAUUAUUCGCUAUCCAGUGUUAGACUCUGAUGAUAUGAUUUUCCGCAUUCCUCUGAUCUUUGAUACCUUAUUCGUGCCUAUUAUCAAAAAAAGUUCAAAACUCUGCAGUCAGACGUUUUAUACGAUUUCGUGUACAAUAAGCAAAAGAAUAAAUAAUAAGGCAAGUGGUGAGAAGAACAUUGAGAACAAAUAUCAGCUUAAUAAGAUAAUAUCAAAAAUUAAGCCAAAUGAGAAUAAUGAGUGUGAAAUCUAUCUCUCUAUUCAGAUUGAAGGCAGAAAAGCGUAUGGUGACUGGGAGUUAGCAGAAGUUCUUCAGCAAUUCCUAAAACAUCAGGGAUCAUUUUUGGCUGAUAUUGGCCAAUUUAAUAUUAUUGAACUUCCAGAUCAAGACCCUUCUAUCGAAUCUGAUGCACUCCAGAUGUUUAUCAAAGACCUAAAGCAAAAAAGGAAUAAUUUUCAUAUUAUUAAUGCAAAUGAGAUAAUAUGCAGAGAAUUUAUCUUUUUAUUCAUAAAUAGCGCAGUAACUCAUGUGCGAUCAAAAAAAAGUAAACUUCAGCUUAAAACUGAAGAAUGGAUUAAUGAAAGUUGUGAAUAUAAGCCUAUUGUCUACUCUGUCAAUUUAG